GUGUGUGUGUGUGUGUGUGUGAGUGAGAGAGAGAGAGAGUGAAUGCGUGUUUGCGGGACCGUCCAAGAAGGAUACGUAAGCUAGCGACAGGAAGUUGGAGGUUUCUUGGAGGUAAUUGUCGCAGAGGGACAGAGGCAGCGGUGAAGUGUCGCCCCUCUGCACUCUUUCACGCUCCGCAGUCGCCACAGCAGCGAACUUUGAAGUUACCGUGCUGCUUGGAGCUAGCUAAAGGACACGAGAUGACCCCUGAAAAAAGACAAAUGACAGCAGACUUACAGCAACACUGCAGCUACACAACGCUGUCACACAACUCCCUCUGAACACAGUAGUUACUGACUGAGGAGUGACACUGAUAAUAAUAACCUGCACAGCCUGAAGAAAACAGAGCCGGAUUCUUCUGUCCUCUAACACAUGGCCGACACCGACGACCCACUUUAACGCACGCACGCACACACGGACGGACGGACGGACGGACGUGCGGGUUUUCGAGCUUGAUGAGUUCAUCACACACGUCAGUGGUGGAGGUGAAGAGCAGCCUCCCGUCGGGCAUGCAGAGCCCAGUAGGAGCAGCAAGCGAACACAGAGGAGGUGGAGGAGGAGGAGAAGGUGGUGGGGGUCCAGGGGAAGGCCCAGGAGGAGGAGGUGGAGGAGGUCCAGUGGACCUGCGGACAGAGCCCAGGGUGGUGUCUCUGUCCGGGGGUACAGCGGCGGUGGACACCGUCCUCAGAGAGCAGCAGCUCCAGCAGGAACUGGUUCUGCUCAAGCAGCAGCAGGAGCUGCAGAAACAGCUGCUGUUUGCCGAGUUCCAGAAGAAACACGAAGUGCUGACGAGGCAGCACGAGGUCCAGCUGCAGGAACACCUCAAGCAACAACAGGAGCUGCUGGCAGCAAAGAGGCAGCAGGAGCUGGAACAGAAGAGAAAACUGGAGCAGCAGCGACACGAGGAGCAGGAGAAGCAGAGGCUGGAGCAGCAGCUGCUGCUGCUGAGGAACAAGGAGAAAGGCAAAGAGAGUGCCAUUGCCAGUACUGAGGUGAAGCUGAAGCUCCAGGAGUUUCUUCUCAGUAAGAAAGAGCCUGGUCCUGGUGGACUCAACCAUUCCUUCUCCCCAAAGGGCUGGGGAGCCCAGCACUCCUCCCUGGAGCAGAGCUCUCCUCCGCAGAGUAACACCCCAGGAACUCCUCCCUCGUAUAAACUGCCUCCGCUGCUGGGGAACUACGAGAGCAAAGAUGAUUUCCCACUCCGCAAGACGGUCUCGGAGCCGAACCUGAAGGUGCGUUCGCGGUUGAAGCAGAAGGUGGCGGAGAGGCGGAGCUCCCCACUUCUCCGCAGGAAGGACGGCACAGUCAUCAGCACCUUUAAGAAGAGAGCCAUAGAGAUAUCAGUGUCCUCUCUCUGUAAUAGCGCUCCAGGUUCAGGUCCCAGCAGUCCCAACAGUUCCAACACAGCUAUCGCCAACGGCAACACGGGAUCAGUCCCCAACAUUCAGACUGAGCUGAGAUCUCUCCAUCAAACACUGGGGGCUGAUGGGACAUUGAGUCCACUGAGUCUCUAUACCUCGCCUUCCCUGCCAAACAUUUCCCUGGGGCUCCCAGCGAACACACACAUCACGGCCACCCAGAAGCUGUCUUCCCAGCAAGAGGCCGAACGUCAAGCCAUCCAAUCGCUGCGAGGCGGUGGCGCACUCACGGGGAAGUUUCUGUCCACAUCCUCUCUACCUGCAGGGGUGGGACACGACGUGGAGUCAUCGCCGACCAGCUCUCACUCUGCUCAUUCCUCAUUACUGCAACAUGUUCUACUACUGGAGCAGGCCAGGCAACAGACUGCCAUGCUCGCUGUCCCCAUGUACAACCAGUCGCCGUUGGUUACGGCAGAGAGAGGCGUGUCCGGUGGCAUGCGCACGGUCAACAAGUUGCCUCGCCAUCGACCGCUGGCCCGUACCCAGAGUGCACCUCUGCCUCAGUCGCCGCAGGCCCUGCAGCAGCUGGUGGUUCAGCAGCAGCAUCAGCACUUCCUGGAGAAACACUACAAGAUGUUGUCGAAGGGGGCUGAACUUCCCAGGCCGCCACCCACCCACCCAGAGGAGACAGAGGAGGAGCUAACAGAGACCAAUGACAUGCAGGAGGAUGACGGAGGGGUGGGGCCUCACAGGCUUCAGAAGGACGGGUCCGACGACAGCACGCACUCCUCCGAGCGACUCGGCGUGUACUUAAAGGGAGAGGAGGAGCACGGGGGCAUGCAGGUGAAAGGGGAGAGCACGGAGAGCGAGCUGGACGAGGAGGAAGAGGACGAAGACGUCAUCCACCUGGGGGAGGUCGAUGAAGAGGAGAGAGGGACCUACUCACAGGCCUUGCAGCACUUGGGUGUAUUUCAGUCCUCGAUGUCACACAGACCUCUGGGAAGAGCACAGUCCUCCCCUGCAGCCACUGUCAAUCCCAUCAAACACCUUUUUACCACUGGGCUUGUGUACGACAGUCUGAUGUUGAAGCAUCAGUGUGUGUGCGGCAAUGCUCACAUUCACCCAGAGCAUGCUGGGAGAGUGCAGAGCAUCUGGUCCAGACUGCAGGAGACGGGCCUGCUGAACCGCUGCGAGAGGAUUCGUGGGCGUAAAGCGUCUCUGGACGAGAUCCAGUCCGUUCAUUCAGAAUUCCACACUCUGCUGUAUGGAACCAGCCCGCUCAAUCGACACAAGCUGGACCACAAGAAGUUGCUGGGUCCAAUCAGCCAGAAGAUGUACGCUGUUCUUCCCUGUGGAGGAAUCGGGGUGGACAGUGACACCGUGUGGAACGAGAUGCACUCGUCGGCGGCGGUCCGCAUGGCGGUCGGCUCGGUCAUCGAGCUGGCCUUCAGAGUGGCGGCGGGGGAGCUGAAGAAUGGCUUCGCUGUGGUGCGUCCACCGGGUCACCACGCUGAGGAAUCCACCGCCAUGGGCUUUUGUUUCUUUAACUCCGUCGCCAUCACUGCCAAACUACUGCAGCAGAAACUGGGGGUGGGCAAGAUCCUCAUCAUGGAUUGGGACAUUCACCAUGGCAACGGCACCCAGCAGGCCUUCUACAGUGACCCCAGCGUCCUCUACAUCUCCCUCCAUCGGUACGAUAACGGAAACUUCUUUCCUGGCAGUGGAGCUCCUGAGGAGGUUGGAUCAGGUGCUGGUGUUGGUUUUAAUGUAAACAUAGCAUGGACUGGAGGAGUGGAGCCCCCUAUGGGUGAUGUGGAGUACUUGACUGCCUUCAGGAGCGUGGUGAUGCCCAUCGCUCAGCAGUUCAGCCCAGAUGUGGUUCUGGUGUCUGCAGGCUUUGAUGCAGUCGAGGGUCAUCAGUCUCCUCUAGGAGGUUACAAUGUUUCCGCCAAGUGUUUUGGUCAGCUGACGCAGCUGCUGAUGGGUCUUGCCGGUGGGCGGGUCGUCAUGGCGCUGGAGGGCGGUCAUGAACUCACCGCCAUCUGUGACGCGUCAGAGGCCUGUGUGUCUGCGCUUCUUGGAGACAUGUGUGACUCAACUUAUCAGUGGCCUCAGGAGAAACCAUGUCCAAAAGCCUGUGCCUCUCUGGAGAAAGUAAUAGAGAUCCAGAGCAAACACUGGCCUUGUCUUCAGUCUUUGUCUCAGACGAGUGGCCACUCGCUCCUGGACGGCCCCCUCAGCGCUCAGGGCCAGUCGGAGAAGGACGAGGCAGAGACGGUCAGCGCCAUGGCCUCCCUGAGUGUGGAUGUAGAGCAGCCGGGGUCUGUACCUGGCAGCUCAGAAACCAGCAGGUCCGCAGAGGAGCCCAUGGAAGAAGAGCCUGUCUUGUAGGAGGAGCCUAAACAGGAAGCACACAAAAAAAACUCCACAUUCACCUCCUUCUAGCACCUCCUCUUCCUCUUCCUUUUCUUAUUCCUCUACGGAACUUGUGUGCGACGUACACACAUGCGGAAUUGUGCCAAUCGAGGAGAACUCCCGAUUGGCCGAGGAGAACAUUACGGAGGCAAGAGAGGGCGGGGCUGUCGACAGCUUGGCACAUGUCUCUUUUGUGUGGCGGUCCAUCAGCCCCGGGAGGAGCAGACGACUUGUUAGCAUCUCCAUGGAAACCAGAGGAGGGGAGUGUCAGCGAGGACACACACUUUGUAAACUCUGAACUUUUACUACCUGUACACAGCACCACUGAAUCUCUCCCCUCCGCCCCCUUCAAUCAUUCUUCUGUCUUUAUAUGUAGUCCCACCUCCUCUCUUUCCACUGAGGGACUGUGAUGACUGUGGAGAAGCUGCAACAACAUGUCGGACUGCAGGCGGACGACUUGUCCUCUUGUGUGUCUGCUGGAGCGCCGGAGAGAGAGAGAGAGAGAGAGAGAGAGCGAGAGAGCGAGACGGACAAACAGUGACCGCGACUCAGUGGACGAAACGUCCUGUUUUUAAACGAGCACAGGAGGAGGAGGAACUAGGUGCCUUUUUUUAAAUCCACAGAAAAAAAAACAAAACACAAAACCAUUAAAUCAGAAACCACAGAGCACCGUCACCACCACCACCGCCACCACCGCCGCAGCACCUCAGCAAACCAACCAGCAAUCAAGACUGAAGAAACACACUGACACACACACAAUCAGCUGUCGUUUCAGUCGCUUCAUUUUGGAGUCUUUGUUUCUUCAUCUGGAUGCCUUAAGUUGUUCUUAUCUCACUAUUAAGCAACCUUGAGAGAGACGGGGGAAAAAAGAAACAUGAGCUAUUACUCAGAAAUGUAUUAAAACUGCUAAGAAUUGUAUUUUAUCCGAUAUGUCUCAUGUCAGCUAUUCCCAACAGACUGUUGUUGUUUUGAAGGAAGGAAAAGCCUCUGAAGCCAUCAUCACACACUAGAAACGUCCGGUAAAAUCUCGCUUGAAUGUUCGUCCUCACGCCGACAGAAAUAUUCAAUCAGACCUUUUUACGGAAUCUGGUGAACGUGUCUCAGGAUCAGCUCGAUUUUAGCAGUAUUCAGUGUUUCACGCACGUUUUGAACUCCAUCACAGCAGCAGACCGCCGCCACCGCUCUAUCAGUCCCGCUCGCUCGUGUUGCUCGGGAGUCAUGUGACCUGAGCCCUUCCUCCGUGAAAGGAGGUGUGGCUUUCAAACACCGCGACGACCCCCAUAAAUUGUAAUAUUACCUGUUUGAUGUAAAUACUGUCCUGUCCUGUGUCACAGCAGACUCGGUGUGGUCACUUUUCUAUAUCUGUACAUACGUAUGUGUAUAAAUAACAAAAUACUU